AUGUCUUCCCACCCAGCCCCGGGCAAGGUCCGUCUGGCCACGAGCUCUCCCUCCACCCAGGCCACCACGGCAGCGACGCUGUCGCAGCUGCGCCAGAUCGCCCAGCGCGCCUCGCGCGAACGCAACGCAGACAUCCUCCUGCUCCCCGAGGCCUAUCUCGGCGGGUACCCGCGGGGCUCGGCUUUCGGCUGCGUAGUAGGCGGUCGGAGCGCUGAAGGGAGGGACGAAUUCGUGCGGUACUUCGAGCAGGCCGUGGACCUCGGCGACGUGGUGGGCGAGGGCGCGGGGGCCGGGGAUGACUGGGUGAACAGACGGCUUGACGCAGUGAAUGUCGGCGGCGGUGGUGAGGGUGGGCAGCCCCUGCGCGGCGACGGCACGAGGGAGGAGCUGGAGAGGAUCGCUGCUGAGACGGGCGUGUUCUUGGUUGUUGGGUGCAUUGAGAAGGCUGGUGGUUCACUCUACUGUGCUGCUGUCUAUGUCUGUCCUAAGAAGGGCGUCAUUGGCAAGAGGAGAAAGGUUAUGCCUACCGGUACCGAGCGCCUAAUAUGGGCUCAGGGCUCUCCCAAGACCCUCCAGGCGGUGAGUACUGUGAUCCGCGGCGUGCGGGUCAACAUGGCAGCCGCGAUCUGUUGGGAGAGCUACAUGCCCCUCCUAAGGCAGGCCUUGUACGCCCAGAACAUCAACCUGUACCUGGCACCGACGGCGGACGGGCGGGACGCCUGGGCGUCGCUGAUGCGCACCAUCGGCAUCGAGGGCAGGUGCUUCGUGCUAAGCUCAAAUAUGUGUGUCCCCGACGGCAGUGCCACAGAUGACCCGGCCAACGACUCGUCUGCUAUCGCGGACGAUGAGAUCCGGGCCGACGCCGUGCCUUACGGGCGCGAGCGCCGCAGCUCGUGCGUCACGGAGGAGGGCUUCGAGAUCGCCCUCCCGACGCACAGCGCUAAUGGCGCCAGGCAACACACCCAGCGCAGACGAUCGAGCGUGUUUGAUGAGGAUGGCAAUGAGAUUGUGCUGUGCGGUGCCAAGGACGGCAACUCGGCCACCACUGCGGCCAAUGGAACCCAAAGUCCUAAGACUGUUGGAAAGGAGCAGGCUGUCAAGAAGAGCAGUGCGGGGACAAAGUUCAUUUCCCGUGGAGGAUCCUGCAUCACCGAUCCCUUCGGAGAAGUGCUCGCGGGCCCGCAGUGGGAAGACGACACUGGGAUCGUAUACGCGGAUGUUGAUUUUAAGGAUUGCAUCAGGGGUAGGCUGGACUUGGAUGCAGGUGGGAGCUACUCGAGGAAUGACUCCUUUAAGUUCUCUGUUGAAGGAUUGAAUCUCGCACCACUGCCCUAUUGA